AUGGCGACUGGUAUGGAGUUUGUCGUGGUGGUAUCUCGCUCCAUCGCGACCCAUUUGUACCUGAAAGACUCACACAACGGGCUGCUGAAAGAAGUCAACCGAUACCAUGUCAAGUAUGUGCUACCCCAGAUUGUCACUGCCUGCCUUCCUGCAGUAGCCACAUACCGACACUAUAUUUACGACAUGGAAGCGUUUGUGCCAGUGCUGCUACUCACCAUUUUCAUCUACAUCUACGAGCUCACGUACCGCGGAAAUCCUCAACAAACAGGCUUGGAACUAUUAUUCGCAUGGCACCACUUGACCCCGAGAAGCAGUAUGUACUGA